CCGCACAUGUUGCGACGUAAACAAACUAAGCACACUGCGUUAGAUUUUUAUCAAAAUGGCCCGAAAGAAGCAAGAUAAAAAGAAAAUUGACAUUGUAUUUGACCCGCAGAAACGGAAAGAGUUUUUAACAGGUUUUCGCAAGCGCAAGAACGAACGUCGCUCACGCGCAAAAGUCGAACUCGAACGUAACCUUAAGGAGGAACGCAUACGCAUCAGGAAGGAGGUAAAGGAGGGCUUUAAGCACCUCAAAAAGUCAUUCGAGCCGUUGCGAGAACUCACAGAAGAAGACAAAGACGAAGCAAAAAAGGAAAAAGCGUACGAAGAUGACGAAGUCCAAGUGAAAAUCGUUGAGCUCUCUACCAACGAUUUGACAGCGCAAAGGAAUAUGCUUGGGGCCAACUGUGCAGAAGAAAGUGCAACGGAUGAGGAUCAGGCACAAAGUGAUGUUGAGGAUGAGCAAGCAAAAGCAAAUUGUAUACCUGGGAUGGAUUUCGAUAUUAACGAGCGCAAGCGCAAAUCCGCACCGCUUACCGACGAUGACAAGGUCAAGAAAUCCAGUAAAACUGCAGAAAUCAAGAGCAAAAAAGACUUGGACAAACUGAUGAAAACGAAAACGUUGAAAAAAAUCAAAAAGAGCAAACUAUUCAAAAUAAAAGAGCAAUUUGACAAAAAAGCGAAUCAGAAAAAAUCCAGACGCGAUCACAACAAUACUUUAAAGAAUGUUCCAAAGAGUCAAAGGAAAAAGUUGAAAUAUGGUCAGCCACAGCCAAGCCGAUACCGCAAAGGGCGAAUGAUAAACAAAAAGGAGCUGCGACGAAAAAGAAACGCAGACUAACGCACAUUUCAGAGAACUUUUUUUUUCAGUUUUUUAAAAUCUAUCAUUUAUUUUAGUUCUGUUUUAUGAUUUAUUUACUAUUAUAUUAAAUAAACCGAAUAAACUGUAUUUUUGCUUCUAUUCGUUAUCAUAA